AUGACUAUAUAUGCUUUCCAGUGUUACUGGCACUGUGACUUCCAGUACCAGAAGAAAAUGAUGGAGACAAAAACAGCAAAGAAGAAAGAGGUGAAGAAGGAAGCCCCAAAGGCAGAAAAGAAAGACGAAAAGAAAGACGAAAAGAAAGAAGAGAAGAAAGAAGAGAAGAAAGAAGAGCCAAAGGCUGCAGAACCUGCAUCAGGAGAGGAACCCAAAGGGGAAGCCGCCGAUGGAUUCUUUCUCAAGAAGCCAGAAAGCCAGUUAAUAGAGAGUGGAAAGGAUGUGAUGAUCAGCAUCCACGUGGAUGGGUCUCAGCUCCCCGGCAAACCCACGGUCAAAUGGUUCAAGGGGAAAUGGCUGGAGCUGGGCAUUAAGAGUGGGCUGCGGUUCCAGUUCAAGGAGAGCUUUGACAAAGACAAAAAUGUUUACAUCUACGAGCUAAAAAUUGGCAAAGUGGUCAUCGGAGACCGGGGAGACUAUCGUUGUGAAGUGACAGCCAAAGACAAGUUUGACAGUUGUACCUUCAACAUUGAUGUGGAAGCACCAAGGACAGAGGAAAGCAAUGUACUCCAAGCUUUCAAACGGACAGGAGAAGGCAAAGAUGAAGUUUCUGGAGAGCUGGACUUCAGUGGAUUGCUCAAAAAGAGGGAGGUGCAACAGGAAGAGGAGAAGAAAAAGAAAAAGAAAGAUGACGACGAUGAUAUGGGGAUCCCACCAGAGAUCUGGGAGCUGCUGAAAGGUGUGACCAAGAAGAGCGAGUAUGAGCGCAUCGCCUUUGAGUACGGCAUCACUGAUCUGCGUGGCAUGCUGAAGAGGCUCAAAAAGGCCAAGGUGGAGGUCAAGAAGAGUGCAGCCUUCAUUAAAAAACUGGACCCUGCCUAUCAAGUGGACAAGGGCCAGAAAAUCAAGAUGUGGGUGGAACUGAGUGACCCAGACCUGAAGAUCAAAUGGUUGAAGAAUGGGCAAGUGAUCAAGCCCAGUGGCAAGUACAUCUUUGAGAAUGUGGGCAAGAAGCGCAUCCUGACCAUCACCAAGACAACACUGGCUGAUGAUGCAGCCUAUGAAUGUGUGGCUGGGGAUGAAAGAACUUCCACAGAGGUCUUUGUUAAAGAACCACCCGUCCUGGUUGUGAGUGGCCUGGAUGAUCAGCAGGUUUUUGUGGGAGACAGGGUGGAGAUGGCCGUCGAAGUAUCUGAGGAAGGAGCCCAAGUCAUAUGGUCAAAGGAUGGUGUAGAGCUGACCCGUGAGGAGACUUUCAAGUACCGCUUCAAGAAGGAUGGGAAAAAGCACAUCCUCAUCAUCAAUGAAGCCACCAAAGAGGACACUGGGCGCUAUCAGAUUGUUACCACCGGUGGCCAAUCAGAAGGGCACCUCCUGGUUGAAGAAAAACAGCUUGAGGUCGUUCAGGGCCUUGCUGAUCUUACUGUCAAAGCCACUGAGCAGGCUGUCUUCAAGUGUGAAGUGUCCGAUGAGAAGGUGACUGGCAAAUGGUACAAGAAUGGAGUCGAGGUCCGGCCUAGCAAACGCAUUACCAUGUCUCACAACGGCAGGUUCCACAAGCUGGUCAUUGAUGAUGUGAGACCUGAGGAUGAAGGAGACUAUACCUUUAUCCCUGAUGGAUAUGCUCUUUCACUCUCUGCCAAACUCAACUUCCUAGAAAUCAAGAUCGAAUAUGUUCCCAAACAAGAGCCCCCCAAGAUCCAUUUGGACUGCUCAGGAAAGACAAAUGAAAACACCAUUGUGGUGGUGGCUGGGAACAAGCUGCGCCUGGAUGUGAACAUCACUGGGGAACCAGCACCUGUGGCCACUUGGAUGAGGGGUGAUGUGAUCUUUGCAGAGAAGGAGGGGCGAGUUCGUAUAGAAGAAAGGAAGGAGCUGAGCAGCUUUGUGAUUGAGAGUGCUGAGCGCUCUGAUGAAGGGAGUUACACCAUCAAGGUGACCAACCCGGUGGGUGAAGAUGUAGCCACCCUCCACAUCAAGGUUGUGGAUGUUCCUGAUCCUCCCGAGGCUGUGCGCAUCACGUCAGUGGGAGAGGACUGGGCCAUUCUGGAGUGGGAGCCACCAAAAUACGAUGGAGGCAUGCCUGUCACUGGAUAUCUGAUGGAGCGCAAGAAGAAGGGAAGCAUGCGCUGGAUGAAGUUGAAUUUUGAUGUAUUCACCGAGACAACCUAUGAGUCCACCAAAAUGAUUGAGGGGGUGCUCUAUGAGAUGCGCGUCUUCGCAGUCAAUGCCAUCGGAAUCUCUCAGCCCAGCCACAAUACCAAGCCCUUCAUGCCUAUCGCCCCCACCAGCGAACCGCUGCACCUCACCUUGGAGGACGUGACGGACACCACGGCCACGCUGAAGUGGCGUCCCCCGGACCGGAUUGGCGCCGGGGGCAUUGACGGCUACCUCAUCGAGUACUGCAAGGAAGGAACUGAUGAAUGGAUACCUUGCAACACAGAGCUGGUGGAGCGCUGUGGCUUUACCGCCAAGGGACUUCCGACAGGCGAGAAGCUUUUCUUCCGGGUCAUUGCGGUCAACAUUGCGGGCAAGAGUCAACCAGCCACGUUUGCACAGCCCGUCACCAUCCGAGAGAUUGUUGAACAGCCCAAGAUCCGUCUGCCUCGCCACCUCCGACAGACAUACAUCAGGAAAGUUGGAGAGCAAAUCAACUUGGUGAUCCCAUUCCAUGGUAAACCCCGUCCUGUAGUCACCUGGUUGAAGGAUGGGAAGCCUCUGGAUUCCAGUGAAAUCCAUGUCCGCACCUCAGACAUAGACACCAUUCUGUUCAUCCGCAAGGCCGAACGACAUCAUUCGGGUGUCUAUGAGCUGUCAGUGCAGAUUGAGAACAUGGUGGACAAAGCUGACCUCAAGAUCCGUGUUGUGGAGAAGCCAGGCCCAGCACACAAUGUGAUGGUGAAGGAGGUGUGGGGCUUCAAUGCCUUGGUAGAGUGGGAGCCUCCCAAGGAUAAUGGGAAUUCAGAGAUCACUGGCUACGCCAUCCAAAAAGCUGACAAGAAGACCAUGGAGUGGUUCACCGUCUAUGAGCACAACCGCCUCACACGCUGCACGGUGUCUGACCUCAUCAUGGGUAACGAAUACUACUUCCGCGUCUACAGUGAGAACAUCUGUGGGCUCAGCGAGACCCCAGGAGUCUCCAAAAACACUGCAAACAUUCAGAAAUCAGGGAUAAUCUAUAAAAAGAUGAACUACCAAGAACAUGACUUCAGCAUGGCUCCCAUUUUCCUGACACCACUGGUGGACCGGACAGUGGUAGCUGGAUACACCACUGCCCUGAACUGUGCAGUGAGGGGGCACCCUAAACCCAAGGUGAUCUGGAUGAAGAACAAAAUGGACUUAAGUGGGGACCCCAAGUUUCUGCAGAAGAACCACCAGGGAGUGUUGACCCUCAACAUCCGCAAGCCGAGUCCUUUUGACAGCGCCACGUACUCCUGCAAGGCCAUCAAUGAACUAGGAGAGGCCAUUGUGGAGUGCAAGCUGGAGGUCAAAGCUCCACAGUAAUCGACUUGACAUGACUGGAAAAG